AUGUCGGAGAGGAAGUUGCUGCGUCGUUUGGUGCGUACCGGCAGAAGAAAGUUGGUUCAUCUCGAGAAGAAUUCUCCAGGCAAGUUGCUUAACCGCCAUUUAUUGUGUCAAUCGUUGAAAAAAUGGCGUUUGUUGCGAAAGGAGCUUCGGAAUGAGUGGAAAUGUGAGUGGGAGGAUCGGCGUACGUGUGUCAGCGCAUGGGAUGAGGAGGAUGACUAUGAUAGUCUUGAGAGCUUACAUGUGUUUCCUCCUGACCCUAAGGAAAUAGAUCCGUCUUCCUUACUGGCACUUGCUUAUGAUGUAGAUUAUUACUCGCCUUCGUGCAAUUUCCACAGUCCCUACAGAAUCCGUGAAUCCUAG